AUGUCAAAUCUUUCAAAAUGUGACGUUUGCCAAAAAACCGAAUUGAAACCCGGUGAUUCUGGUGUUUAUAUUGGAGAUUAUAGAGGGAACAAAACUGAACAUUUGCAUGUAUGUUUGACUUGUUGUCGAGCCAAAAAACAAGAGUAUUUAGAAAACUAUGCUUUUAUUUAUUCUCACGAACAAGAGUUUAGAAAUCAAAAAAGAGAUACUGGAUAUUUGAAGGCAGAUGAGACGGGGUGUUAUGCCGACAAAAAGGACCAAAACGCCAAGUUAAAUUCCCCAGAAUACGUUGCAAUGCCGGAUUUAAUUACUUAUAAUGAUAGAUAUGCCGAUAUGCUAGUUUGCGAGCAUAUAGUUAGUUACGAAGAGUUGGAAAAAGAUGAUUUUGAGGAAAUUGCUAAUUUAGUUGAAAAGCGAAGAAAAGAAAAAGAACAAUUAUUCGAACAAAAACGAAGUCAAAUCCUGGAAAACGACGGUGGGGAGGAUAAUCCAAAUAAUUUUAAGAAGUGGGUGGAAAUAGAUGACCAAAUUACGAUUACUCCUUAUGAGGUAAUUGAUAGGUCAAGUGAAAAACCACGAAAAGAUAAUUCAGAUGUUCUCUUGUGGUCUAUAUGGACUGGUCAGAAAUCAUUGGUUAAGGAGAUUAACGACAAUUUAUUGCGUUAUUUUAGAGAAAAUGACAUUAAAGAAAUAAGUUUAAAAGAUAACCGUCUAGUAAUUAAGCAUAAUAAUAAUGAAAUU